AUGCAGUCGCCCAUCCACUUCAAGACGACCCACCUCGAGCCUCCUCGUACUGCGGAGCGUCGCCGUCGGGGACGCGCAGUCGACGUUAUGGGCUUCCCCACCCCGGACCACACCCACCUCCCGACACCGGUUACGCAGCGUCGCAGCCACAAGACUGCAUCGGGGACCACGUCUGGCACGCACCUCCCCACGCCGCAGACGCUGCCCCGGAAACGCACGCGCUCCUCCCCCGGGGCGCACGACGACCACGACCAUGACGACGCACCAUUCUCACCACCGUCUCCCUCGGGCCACACCACCUUCUUUCUCUCGCACGCGGCAGCUGCAGAGACAGCCCAGGUGCAACCGCCCCGCCGUCGCCCGGGACUGCUCUUUGCACAGCAGAUGGGCAUCAGUGCCGGACCAUCAACAAGCCAGCCGCUCAAGUUUGGGGCUCGUCUCGGUGCCGGUGUUGGCAUGGGCGGCGGUAUGCGCAACGCUCACGGCAAGCUCUCCGAGACCCUGCUGCACGACGACCACGACGACAACCCGUUUGUCGAGCACAAGUCGACGUCCUCGACUUCAACGACAAAGGUCGCCUUUGCCCUGUCCGAGCCCCGCUCACCCGGCACUGAGACGCGCUACAUCCCUCAGGCUGUUCGUCCCAGUGUCGAGCGCUCGCUCUCGCCGCUGUCUGCCGGCCGCGCAAAGGGCAGCAGCCAGCCGGCGCGCAUGCUCUUCCCGUCGUCGGCCGCUGAGUCGUCGUCGGCUGCUGCUCGCCGCAAGCAGCAGCAGAUGAUGAUGAUGGACGAGGACGACAACCCCUUCAUUUCCAAGCCUGGAGAGGUCGUCCGCGCAAAGCCUACCAGCGAGGACCGCCCGGUUGUCACCUACGUCUUCCGCGGCGCCAAAAAGGUGUUCGCCAACCCGUUCAUUGCACCCAACGCUACUCACCCAGGUGCCGACCUGGAAAUUACCGACCCAGACUUUGACGUCCACCCUUGCCCUCCACCACGGCUUCUCUGGCCCACCAAGGAGUCGACUGUCGAUGACGAGCCCGCCCCGCAGACUCCCAAGCCACGUGCUAACGCGUCUCGCCGUCGACUUGCCGCACACCAGUCGCUGGACAUGCACAUUGACGCUGGCGCUUUGACAGAUGACGACGACUUUGUUCCUGAACACGCCGAUGAAGGUGACGACGACGAAGACCUCGACGCGACUCCCAAACCACGCCGUGGACUCCUGUUCGGCCACAGCAACGGGAGCGGGAACGCUGCCGGUGCCUCUGGCAACCUCGGCAAGCACAGUCUUUCUCCCGACGCGUCGUCGCGCAAACGUGCGCGCGCAGGUCUGUAA